GUUGGAAUAUUCAAAACGCAAAAUGCUCGAAGCUUACGUUUGGUCAUUGCGUUAUGAACUGAUACUAAACCGUUUUAAAAUCUUCUGGAUGAAAACAUCUUUGCAGAGGCUUGAAAGGCCAACUCGUCGUCAUUGUUAGUAAGUAGAAGCUGAUUUAUGAAACUCAUCGUCUUUGUAUAAAUGUCAGUGAACAGCAGAGCACGUUCAAAGAGACUUUGCAGAUUUCUGGUUAUAACUGCGCGAGGGAAAAGCGAUAACAUGCAAUUCAGCUUAUUGCACCAACUUACGCUAAGCUUGUAUCGUGGAAAAACGCUUAUUUCAAAGGUUUCACCUUGGGUAAUAUCACUAAAUGAGCUCAGUGAGUUCAAAACUCAGCUCUUAAAAAUGUGAUCUACUUAUGUUGCUAUGAUACCGUCUUCGCUUCUCCAAUUUAACGUAAGCUUAUCUAUUAGUAAUAUUACUGCUUCAUGCUUACCAGAGAAAUGAAUUGGCAUGCAUUUAUUAAAAACAAACGAUCGUAGAAAACCAGACCACCGGUGUCCAUUAAGUUUUGUUCAUUAGCGCUAUUCCCGAAUGGCAAAACAGCCAGCAGAUCUCACGCAGUUCGUGCAGGUGCUUGCAAAUUUGGAUUGGUGCGCUUUCCAGAUCGGAAUGACGACAUUCAAGUUCUGAAUUCCUUAACAAUGCAAGAUAUUUCUAUUUUGAAAAAUUGCUCUCUUGUUUGACUUUUAAGCAAUAUAAAUUGUCGUUUAGGCUCGUCGGGGUAAUGCAUCGUUACACGAAAACGUUGCCAGUGCUGUGCUCUAGUAAUUGUCUUUUGAAAUAAAGACGAAACUAAUCCGAAAUGCUCGUGCGUAAUUUUGAGUUAAACCAGUCUUUUUCGCUUACAUCCCUAUACUACUGUUUACUCUUUUCUGGUUUCGACUAGUUAGACAGAUUGGAAGUCAGAUUCCAGAAACUGUAUUAAAUAAAAAGGGUCCGUCAUGUUUUAAUAGGUAGUCCAUAGAAAAACGCCGACAGUUCUUAUGUUUACGAAGAUUAUGCAAAAAAAAAAAUGUUUUAUUUACCUUUAAGGGUCGCACAAGAACAGGAAUUAAACCUAUAGCAAUUCUCGAAAAAAUGGCAUUGAAUAUACUGUUGCAUGUGAAGUUUGUUAACAUAUUCUACUUGUGAAGCGAAUUUCGAAUGACCUUGGAAAGAAACGUGAACCUGUCCAAAAUGAAUAAUGACACCUGACAGGAAGCGAUUUGAUUGGCUCAUAGAACGGAGGCGUGGCUUUUAGUUGAUUUUCAUUCCAUUUCAGCCAUUUUUCAGGUCAAUACAUUCCUCUUGUCAUCUAGAGAAAAUGGGGAUAUUUUGGCGAAUUUUUUUAGCCUUUCAGGAACUGAAGGAUGGAAAAAAAACCCCGACAUUUCACUGAUUCAAAUUCAGCCACACGUCGGAUCUUUUAUGAAAAAUAUAUAGGUGGCCGAGUAUAUGUGUCACCCUUCCAAAAAUUCUCGUCCCCACACACGUCGCCUGUUGAAUCUUCGUCUUCUGUACCCACGUAUUCACGUAUGCUGUUUGGUAACGAAUAUUUUUUUAGCCGGACUUUAAUGGGUCUCGAAUCAGUUUAUAAUUCUCUCUUCACUGACUCUUUUUAAAUGACUGGUACGCUACCAUGACUACGUCGGAAACGAGAACGUCAAACACCACAUGGUUUUAUGAGACAAACAACAACUCUGCACGUGCACCGUGCUUUUUUGUACAUUUCUUCGCCGUCACUGCACGACUACGACGUGAAAAUACCUAAUUUCGCGUUUAAGCUUGAAGCAGGGCGACUUCUUUUUUUUAGUGACGUUUUCGAAGUCGUCGCUGUCGUUGUUACUAUUGGUGUCCCAAACAAAAACGGCUGCGGCUAUAUAUGUUGGUGUCCAAACCAGUCCUGAGGGAGUUAAACCUUUUUGUUUCGUAAAAACUUUCUUUUGUUCCAGCACAUUUGCAGUGUUGCUGUCCACGUGAGAAAACGGCUCUAUUUACUUUAUUGAUUUCAGUAGGAAGAGAAGAAAAUUUACGACAAAUUAAAGGCCAAUCCGGAGCAUAUAAAAAUACAUAAUUUCUAAAUUAUUGGACACGAACGUUGUUUGUAUGAGACUAAAAAGGUACAGCCCCGUAUGAAAGAAUAACGCACUUUUGAAAAAUGUGUAGUAAGUUGAGGCUCCACGUAUUUCCACAUCAGUUGUAUGACUGAGGCUGUCUGGUCCACACUUGUCCGCGUAAUUUUGCAAAGGAAUAUGAACUUACGUUUACACGAGAACUGACAUGCAUCCUAGGCUCUGGAGACUGUGUUCUCGUGUGAAUGGAAAGUGAGUAAGUUUGGAUCCAUUUAAUGAAACAGACUCGAAUACACUCUGACAUACCCUUAGUAUAUGGGCUGUCUUGAUCAUUAUACUGAUGAGAUGUGAAAACUCCAUUACGAUACUAUAAAGAAAGUGCAUUGAAUACUGAGUUAGAGUUACCAUUUGUCUAUGUCGGUUUGAACAACACAAGAAACGAGUAGUUAUAUUGUUGAUGGUACUGGCGACAAGUUGAACAACGUAUGAUCAACACCAGAGGAAAGAGCUUUCGAUGUCAUGUCAUGUAAUGUCAUGUUCCUUUUUCUUCUAGAGACUAUAACAUUCGCAUGUACCAGAAAGCCCUUCCACAUUGUUCAAGCUUUGUACAUGUUACUUUCAAAUUUUAAUCCAAGUCAUAAUCAACACUUACCAAAAGUUCUGAAGUGUUUUGUGCUCAUAUGGUUAACCAAUUCCACCACUGGCCAUUAUCAGUGUCCAAUUACGUGACUUUAUACCGGAAAAAUCGUCUUUUAUUCGCAAGUUUGUAGCUUCCCCCCUUUUGUCGUUUGCUCUAGAACAACUCGUAAAACAGCAAGUGAAAUUGAAAGGGACGCGCGCGUGUUUGCUCGGAAUUUUUGUUUAUUUACCUUGUAGAACAGUGUGGGGUACAACUUAGAAACGGGUGUAUGAUAUGGCUUAAGUGAUUUCCACGAUGUGCCGAAAUGUACCCAAGUAACUAAAUCGGAUUAGUACAUUCUAAUUCAAGAGGUAUUCAUUAGAACUUAUCAACCACAUGAAGCUGAUAAGUACGUUUUCACACGUAUGUGUGAAUUACAGCUGAGAUUCACGAAAACCCGCAAGUCAUAGUUUUCUGUUCGAGUGUACGAAAAUAAUUACUAUGCAAAUUCACCCCCGGAUUACACAGAUAUAAGUGUCAGUUAUAGCUUUUAUUGCUUCUAAUCGUUUCAUAGUCCAUGAGAAAUAAAAAACAAGCAUCUCUGGCAAUUAGCAAACGUUUUAGUCAUAUUGGACAGCUAUCUUUAGGCAUGUACGCAAUUUAUACUCCUGAAUGCCAAAUUCGCGAAUCCCUGAGCUGCGCCAACAUAUGUUUUUUUUUUAGUUCCUUGUGAUAUUAGCUGCAAGAUAAUUUGCACAAGAGAAUAAUUCGAUGCAUCCUUGUUCAAGGUCAUCUUGGAGGGCCAGUUCUAAUUGAACGAACCAUUUUUUAAUUGUGGUGAACACAAUGUGUUAGACAUUGAAUUCGGUAUUGUUUCCCGGGCUUACUUGUUUAUCGGCGGUUUGGUUAUGCGCCGUUGAUUUUUGAAGUGAAUUUAUUACGGUAAUAAGGUGAUGAGCUACAACAAGCUACAACCUGAAUUCUGAAUUAAUUUCAGACGAGACCGAGUUCGCUUUGCGUUGCACCUCAACUGCUCUGGCAACCAUGACAGAAUUCUCAAACUACGUGGUGAUAAUUUUGCUGCUGGUUACAACGUGCUCUCGACUUCCAACACUAAGGUAAGUAUAUUCCCAUCCUUUCAUAAUACGAUGUUGCUGAUAAAUAAAGAAUUCAUGCGCUCUAAAGCUGGAGUCGUAAGACUCUUAAACUGCUACACAGAGUGAAAGAAAGUGCCAUAGCGGAACAACGCAGAGAAGGCUUAAACAACUCGUUCUUCUUUCGUUCUUUUUCUCAACUAACAAGUCAUUUUUUUCCUUUUAGUUUAUGCCAGACAACAAACUCAACUGUUCAGGAGGCUGAAAGUUCCCGUUGCAAAAGCGUAACUUGUUGUGUGAGUAGAAAAAACAUUUUAUUACACGUUCAUUCAAACGUGUAGCUGUUUAAAAUUCAUACUUUGUAAACAAAGAAGCAUUAUUUGAGCAAAGUAGCGCAUAGAACUCGUGCCCGCAAAGUUAAAAAAAGUUGUUGUGUUGAUCUUCAUUACAGUGUUGACACUCGUAGCUCGAACAUUCAAGUUCUCCUCAUGUAUCAGCUAACUCGCUCUGCUCAAUAGCACGCUUUCAAUAUAGCGUAACACAAACUCUUGACAUGGUAGUUAUUUUCGUCCUUUUAUCCGCAACAUACGAGUUUGAAGAGCAAAAUUAAUAUUCCAAGUGCGUUCGAAAAUUCGAACGAACAAGCAAAGUUUACAAACUCUGAAAAGUUAGCUUAAGUUCACCGCGGCAUUCGAAGGGGUUUAUAACGAUAAAGUACAAGUCCUUUUCGAACGUAGAGAAGGCUUUAAGUCGUCAGUGUUACAUAAAAAACUUAUUUAUCAUCUUCAUUCUAAUACAAUAUCAAAAGAAGACAGUGCCUAAAACCAGAGAAUAAAUGCUAUUUAAGUUCUAAACAAAAAGUAAAUAUUUAAGUCAGCUGUGGACACCACGAGUUCCUCGUAUCAAAGAUAGUUCGCGGACAGCACUGUCCGGCUCGAUGCUUUUGUACUGUCUCCGCUAAGGAAAAAAUACAAUGCAAAAGUGAUAAUUUAGACACAGAAAGUAGAAGGUCUUUGUAAAGCAUGUUUACUUGGUAGCAGUUUAAAAAUGUUUCUAAAAGGAAAACGUCUUACGUGUUUGAUUAAAGAGCAAAACUGUCACGGGAUCGAAUCGGUCAAAGAUGAGAGGAAGAGAACUCGUAACAGGCCAUAGUGAUGAUUCGUUUCUUUGUGAAGAAUGUUUUGGAACACUAGUCAACAGGACUAGAGUAAUUAAUUGGGAAAAAUUAUUCCAUAGAAAAGAGGUGUCUAAAGGUGCGUGAGAAUAGUUUGUGAGAUUUUGUGUAAAGUUGUAAUUGACAGACUCGCGGAGCGGAAAAGGCAGUUGAUGACCUCUCUCUCGUGAAUUUAUAAACAGCGUGCGGUUUCCUUUGCCAUUACUAGAUAUCGAAAGAAAUUGCGCAAAGACUUUAUGGAAAACCUUUGAUUCAUACAGAUAAUUGUUACUGAGGAACUAGUAUGAAAAUCUUAGUGAAAGACAUGAAGAUAGCAUUAUUCGAUGGAGAACUUGGGUAGUGUUUCAAGAACUGCGCAAUGAAGCAAGAUAGCGGCUCACUUACAACUCGAUUUCACUGAUUCGACAGAAGAGUAUCCAUCGUUUGUUGUUUAGUAUGAUUUAUGAAUUAAAAUCAUUCCUCGUUUCUCUAAGCCCUGCUCUUCCUAACGCACCUAGUUUUGCGGUUUUUGCAUUGUUCGUGUAGUCUGUUAUCUGCUCUAGUUUGCAAUAUCUAUGAUCGUGAGUUUUCUCGCCGCUAAUUGUUGUAAACUUAAUGGAAGGAAGUAAUAUAAUUCAGGUUGCUAGACUUGAAAAUCAUGUUCGAAGAUAUCGAAAACUAAGACUACUGAGAAUCUCAAUCACUACAUGAUUUCAAACAGGAAUAUAAAUCGUCUAAUAAAAGAAAAUGCAAGCUUCGAUUUCUUCCUUCGCUCCAAGCUAAUGGCGGAAAUCAAAGAAAACCGACAUCUUCGCGGCGAGCAAAAUGCUCUCAAUUAUUCGUGUUGUUUCCACGAAUUCUGUAAAUUUUCUUAUAAGAGCUUGCUUUUUAUCAUUCUUCAAAAGUUUAAGUUAAUAAGAGCAAUUUGUACUUGAUAAACAACGUAAAAGAGUUAUUCUGAUGCAUUGUGUACAGAAAAGGAAUAUUUGGGAGGAGAGGCUGGAGGCGGACCUGUGGGAAAAAAUGGGGGAGGGAUUGGAGCUUGUCAAGGUUGAGUUCGCACUUCUCAGCAUGGUUCUUAAUAAAAUACAAACAAACAGGGAUAACUGUUUAACUUAUUGUUUCUAACCUGCGUACCGUGUAUCAGGAUAUUUUACGGCUAAAGGGAGAAAAAAAGUCUAUUUUAUGAAAAAUUAAAACUUCAUGGCUGUUAGGAAACGUCGAAUAUUGUUUUGUGGGGAAUAUUGAGUGAGACUUAAAUGAAGAAGGCACGCGUGACAUCACGUGUAACUCUGAUGUAAUGUGAAAAGCGAAGCUUCUUCACAUGUGAUCUUUUUCUUUUUCGGGCGAUAAGUUUUAGCCUCGAAGCUAGGGCGAAAGAUUCUUAAAUCGAGGCCAUGCUAAACACUUUUUACUGAUGUAAGGAUAUAUUGAAAACGGAAAUAUGAUGUCGACACUGGCGGUCCUGACUAUCUCGCGUCGAAAAUAGGGUAAAAGCGAGCUGUGCCAUGGGCACAUGAACGACUGAAUCCGCUUUCUUUUAGCGAAAUAAAUCAAAUGGCACGUUGUCUAUUCAAACUAAACGCCGUGGCACGACAAAGCUCCUAAAAAGAAACUUGCUCAACGAAGGAACGACUGACAUGCAAUACAUCCCAAUACAACUACCAUGUGAAACGCAGGAGUGGGUAUUCAAAUGCAGUCGAACAUCAGGUGUUUGGCUUGACAUGGGCUUAUUUUGGGCGCGACUCAAUGCCAAGACGCAAUCGAAUUAAAAUGUGGCCCGAUGUGAUUGGUGAACAUAUGAAUUAUAUAUGGUUAAAUGGGCUACCUGAAAAGCUUAAACAUUUUUCGCCAUAAUCGAAUUCCGCUGAAAAUAAUAGUCUAGUUUUGUUAAUUAAGACUAUAUUUAGGCAUAUGGCAGGGUUGGACGAGUAUUGACACUUGAAAACAUUAAGCCACAAUUUUCUAGUUUUAAUGUCAUGACUGCAAAAAUCACCAAACAAUUAUCAUUGUUGGUUCACCCUAGCAAAAUUUGUUUGAUAUGACUUUACAGGAACAUUUUGUGUAUGGGUGUAAAGGCAUUAAAUAAUAAAAUCACCACAGAAAUGACCUUAAACCACAAAAUCUUAGUCACAUAGCCCCUUAACCACUCUAUCCAACUUCUAGAAAAACUGCCCUCUCUUUUUAGAUAGGGCGUCUAAUUCUGAGGCGAGGCUGGCUGGAUAUUCUUAUUUUUCUUGGUUCGAGCCUGAAUCUUUCCUUGGAGUCGAGAAAACUCGGAUGUGGGAGCUCUGAGACUGUCAACAAGAAAAAUUAUAGUGUGGUUUUAUGCAUAUUUGUCAUGGUUAAAUAGUGUCGGCAAGACGUUAUUCGAUAGAAAUUCAUGGCGGUUACGACAGUUUAUUCCUCGGUGCAAACUGCAAAAUGCUGCCCAAAUCUUGGUAUCCUUUCUCUUGAGACUGUGUUGUAUAUAACAAGAUAUAACUGGAGAGUGACUCAAGCUUGCCAAUUAAUUGAUAAGCUUCCACUGUAACGUGGUGCAAUGAUUUUCGCUUACAUGGAGAACAUAUAAAGACGUUUUACGACAUCACCAAUGAUGCGAUGACAGUGCAGUAGCAUGUAAUGGCAGUGUAGUGAAUAUGAUUGCAUUCAGUAUGUAUAAUGCUCAAUGCUCAGUCCUUAAACAUUUGAGCUUACUUAUUCUUUUCAAAAUAACCUUAAUGAUGUGCUUAAAAAAUAACGGAAACUUUUCUUGGCAUAACUUGUGGCCAGUUGCACGAAAUCUCAAACGAAACUGCUACUAAAGACUUUGGUUAAGCCGAGCGUCAAAUAGGAGCUGUUUGACGUUAAGACUUGCAGAAAUGGACGAAGAUAUCACUGACACAAAGCCGUAUUCUUUGUUAUACUUUCCAUGUACGACUUUGCAUUGACUGAGUGACCGUUAAGCGAUGAUUUCAUGCAGUGAGUUGUAUUAUAUUGCUUCUAAUGACCGUUUCUUUUUUUCAUUUAGGGAAUUCCAGGCACUCCUGGUAGAAAUGGUAAGAUUUAUUAUCAAAUUAAGUACGUUUAAACUUUCUCUCAGUAAUAAUGGUGCUAAAGUAGUGAUUACUUAUGAAGAUUUGUCACGUAAUUAAAUAAUAAAAAAAAAAAUCCAAAGAUGCAUUGGCAAGAAUUUCAGAGUGGGUUAUUUAAACGAAGUCUAACUUAAGACCAGUUUAACAAAUCUUUGGACCUCCAGGUCUCUUCCUUAGUGGGUUCUUUUAAGAAGAUAAAUGCGUUUCUGAUCUACUCUAUAUGCUUUCAUAAAACGUUUCACAAUAAGUGGUGUUUAUACAAAACCAUUGGGCAAAUUGAAAGUGGCUUUGAACGCGGUUUUGUUAAGCACUGGCUAAACUACGUUUAAAUAAAUGGCCCUUAGAGUUUAACCGGCUGUUUAACCGACUGGGUUUUUGUCAAGAGGUACUCAUACCAGCACAGAGAUUAUUCAAUGGAUUAAUGUGGCGAUUGAUUACGAAGAAAUGAGUUCAACUUGAAAACUUUCCAAACGAGUUCUGUCACCAUUUCUAAGGAAGAAAAAUCACCAAACUACAUGAUACUCGCUUCCUCCCCUUUCAAUAAUUCACUUAAAAAAAUUUCUCUCUUCAAAAAUUUCGUGUGAAUUACUCUUUCCUGUAAGAGAAACGACACUUGCUCAUACUUUUAUUGUGGCAAUGCCCCAGUAGUAACAUAAAUUGAAAUGGGACACAGAUUAAAGAUUCCAUUCCGUCACGGACUCGAAAAAGUCAGGCCCACCGUUUACAGCAUGAUAAACAGCAUCACUGGAAAGUACUACUCGGUAGCUUUCAUUUGAAUGGCCACACUUUAGGAUUUCACCCACCCUGACUCAAAAGAAAGAACCACCUCUACAACAUAAUAAACAGUACCUCAGGAAAAUACUGCUCGGUAGCUUUCAUUUGAAUGGUAACACUUUAAAAGACCCUUUAAACUGAUUCAGUCGAUUAAAAGGACAGUGUCAACAUAGUCUCACAGCAUAUUAAACUGAACUAUAUUGGAGCAAUCUUUAAGGAUUCACUGAGCUCGAUUUGCCCAGAACAACACUUACAACUGAGGCAGAGCAGCAUUUACCCAAGGGGCCAGUUCAUUCACUCAUUUUACGCCUAAAUUUAAAAGAAAUGGUUGUGCACGUCAUAAUGAACAGCACCACGUUUGUCGGGAACUCUCUCAACCAAAAAUAUCUGUAACUAAUUAAAUGUAUGUAGCAGAUAAUGAAAACUUUAUUUUAGUAUUCCCAAGUGAGUACAUGGUAUUACCUACCUUAUUUAUGUUAUAAACCUUAAAUCAAAAUAACGGCUAUAAUUAAAGAACAAGUUUUUGUCUAUAUUUCAUACAUGAAUGUAUGUAAGCACUUGUAAGUCUGUAGAUAUAAGGAUCGACAUUUUUAAAUAUGAAGAGGGUUUUUUCAUUGUUGUCAAAAUCAUUGAAAAGGAGAUAUCUAUUACUAAUGUUUCUGUAAAAGUUAGAUCGAAUUACAAUUGAAUAGAGUGAUUUUCUGGAGUUUUCGGUAAGGUAUGUCUGCCCGUUUCAAUUUGUAAGCGAUGGUUGUUAACUCUGAAUUUAUUCAGUGUUUUUUUUUGUGAUUUAUAUUGGUGAUUAUGUACAAGCAAUCACUUCUGUGAUUGUCAUUUUUGAAUAUUGAGUAGAAUUUUAGUUUCUUGCUACUUCUUAUUGGAUUAUAUUGGUGUGACGUCGGUUCCUCACGCAGAGAUAAUUGCAUAUUCUUUAUAUAUAUGUUGAGGAGUUGUUAUCAAUUAAAAACAAAUUUUUCUCAGCCAUAUCUUUUGAUAUUUGUAAACAUUGCUUGGAAUAAUGAUCAACUUGUUUGUUUUGUAAAUGUAUCCAAAACUUGAUAAUAUUAUUUACGUCAGUUAUUUCCUUCAGUAGUUGUCGUCCAAGUUCAUUUCUGAAUACAACAUUUGGAAACUGUUUAUUCAUACCUAGAAUUUGUUUACAGAAUCGAAUUUGUGUUUGAGUCUCUAUCAUAUCAUUCUCCCAUGAAUAACAAUCAUCUUUAUCAUAGAUGCUCCAAACCUCAGAGCCAUACGUCAGAGUCAUCAUUUAUAUACCGUUUGUUAUUACGUUUCCUUUUUCUCGUGCAAAUCGUCUCAAAAUCACAUGCAUGACAUGCAAUGACAGCAGAAUCAGAUAUUAAAUUGACGUAAAAUAAGCAGCCCUACUUUCCGUUUUUUGUAAGUCACUGCCACAUUUCCUGAACAAAAAAGUUUACAAAAAAAAGUGCACAAAAAAUGACUAACAGGUCAACGAAGAAACUGUCAAAUAUUACUUAUGUCCUUCACAAAUCAGACUUUAUAUAUAAAUCCACGAAAACACGAAAAAAUAUUGCUUUCGGUUUGAAUAGUAAGCCUUUAGUUUUGCUAAACUAGAUAAAAAUAUUCCAAUCAAUUUUAAAAAUGCAAUUAAGUGUAUAUUGGUAAGCAAUUUUUCAACGUAAAUGGCAAUAUCAAGUCAACAAACUGGGGCUCGAUUUUUCUUUUUCAAAGGUGCAGUGACGUGGGUACUUAAUUCAACUACCAAUUAAGAGCCUACCUACCCGCGUACCCACGUACCACUCACCCACGAAUAAACUUGGAACAAAAAAGAUUGCACAAUUUUAAAGCAAUUAACUUGAAAGUCGGUUUGUUCUAGAAACUUUCGGGGUCAAUAGACUAUGAAAAUACAACAUUUGAAGGUUGCUAAUUUAUUGAACAUAUGUCCUCUAAGGCUGCAAAGUUUGAACCCAACACGACAGAACAACCUAGUAAACAAAGAACAACAAAGUAAAGUCACACAACAACGCCUACUCAAAAGACAGCUGUAGGUGCAUAUCCUUUAAAGCUUAAAAGCAGUGGUUAAACUAAUGGCUUUAGGCGGUUUGAAGGUUUUGGUUCCGUCUAGAGAUACUUAACCUUCCCGUCAUUUCUUUAUUUACCGACUAAUUUUUCCGAAGAUAAGAUAUUCGGGCGUAAAAUUUUUCGGACGAAUUUUUGGGCGCCCGUUGGAAGAUUUUUUGGAUUUGAGGUAUAAGAUACAAAAACGACUCUUGUUUUGCUUUAUUUAAUAAACGUCUUUUCUCCAAUUGCAAUUUAUUCCCACAUCACGGUCACCUGCAGCUAAAUUCAAUUAAUGAAAUUGUAAAUAAUUUAAGAGAAUGACAAAUUUGACAAAAGCUCAACAGGGUCCUGUUAUUUCAUUUGGUACUGACUUGCUCAACGUUAGUUUUACUUGUUGACUUGUUUAAAGUUCAGCCCCUCGAUUUACUACCAAUCACAGUCAAGGACUGUUUUCAAAAAGCCAGCAACAUUUAGAACGAAAAUAAGUUGAAUAUUGCUAAUAUGGGAGGAGCUUUGGUGCGUGAAUUAAGCCAGGGCGAGUAAGCACUUAAUGUUACCAUAGCAACUAUGACACCCUCUUUUAAGGUAGAGAGCCAAGAGGUCGCUAGCUUCAGGCGAAACACAUUAUACGCACGUGAAAUCAAUGUGCCAAUAUUUUACAACAUGUUAAGUUUGAUUUACUGAUGCAUACAAACACAAUUCCUUUCAACUUUAUCUUCUAUGAUUUCUUUCUUUUCAACAGAACAUUUACAGUCAAAAGAUCUCCCGUCACACUUUUGUAACCAAAGAGAACGAUAUUUUCCCAUUAUUACGAAUCUUUACGAAACAGCUUUUAGAGCCGAAGGCUUGUAAAUUUGUCUUUUCUUAUCUACGCAUAAUCAAUCCUGUCAGUCCACGUGUUCAAUAAAGAUUUUGUUUUUGCAAACCAACAUAUCGCAAAAGGUGACCCAUGAAAGGCCUCUGUAAAGUAUACUUCAGUUGGAAAAAAAAAUUAAAAAACUUCCCCUUAAAUAGAGAAUCAAGAAUCAAUACUGCUAUGAAUAGAAAAGGGAGAAUAAUUACCAUUGCUUACAAUAGAAAUGAACAGCUACAGAUGUAUUUUCAUGCUUAGAUGCUAAAAAGUCUAAAAGCGUAGAAGGAGAAAUGAGAGCGAUGGAACAAGGAGGAUGAAAGAUGGGUGGUUUUCCAGGAUCCUUAACUCGCCAUCGUAUUUCCUUUUUAUUGAUGCGUUUUCAUCAUGGCUUUUUUCAUUUUUUGGAUGCGUUUGUAAAAGAAAAUGUCAUUCUUCCGGCACAUGGAAACCAAAAAAAGAACUUCUCUUUGGUAUUGCGCCGCGUAAAGUGACUUCAUUCAUGACCAAAUGAAAUCUGGGCUAUUCCUAAUAAUGCCUGUCCAUUUCAGUCGUAAAGGUGCCGUGUUGAGUUUAUUUUGCGGCUCUUAACUUUGAAAUCCUGAAGCGUGACCAUUCAUAUUGCGGCUGUACAAGGUGGCAUUAGUCUUAGCCACUUAAGGUACAACUAUCAAGACAGUUUUGAAUGAUAUGUUUUGCAUUAAGUCAUUUUUUGUUCCCUCCUCGCCAGAAGGUUCAUAAGGCGGUGGUCUUCGAGUAUACUUAGUCAAGGAUUGAAAUCCUUUAUGACUCCUUAGUACUAUCAGCUCCUAAUGUGGAGUCAUUUACUUUUAAUCUAUCACUUCACUCACGCGGUAAUGACUAAGGCAGAAAUCAAGGGAAGCGCUUAGUUUCAUUUUGCACAAUACUAGAGCUCCAGUGGUAUCGCCAGUGUAAGAAUGAACGUUCUGUCUGAGAGGACUGAUUCAUUUGAAUAGUCACACCAUAUGAUUUUAUCUACAGAUCUCAAGAGCUGAAAUCGAAUAAAAAAUCCUGUAAAAGUUUAUGUAUUCAAAUAGCAUUUUUAGACUCCAGUUACCCUCCUAUUUGACUUGAUGAAGUCGGACAAUCCUACAUUGAAAGAUAACUUUUUAUAAUUAACUUUUGUUCACCCGUUUGUGUGAAAGGAUAUUUCAAUUAUUUUUUUUACUAAAAGCCUAUGGAUUUUACCACAACCACAUCACUAGUUUUACUAAGUACGUGGAUAUGACCUUAUACAUGCGCAUUACUAAAUCUUGCAUAGUCUUCGGAUGGCUAUGCAACUCAAGAUUAAUACACUAGUGGCAGUCGACUUCUUCGAAAUAAUCCGCGUCUAUCUCAAUCAACCAGCUCACCGGAAGAAAGAAGGGACGAAACAACGGAAAGACGCCAGUGUAUUGCUUAACCCCAUUCAGACCGGGUGGGGCUUUUUAGGCCCCCCAAAAAAAAAAAAAAAUGUUUAAAGUUUAAUUUAACUUCGAAUCUGUUCAGGCUAUGACCGCCAAACUUUGCGAUUUUUCCUAAGAUUUAUCAUUGCGACGCGUAGGUCAGCAUUUAAGUUACCAUGGCAACCGAGCUUUGGCAGCCAUGUUUUGCAAAAUUUGCUUCUGAAAAAAACCUAUUGAAGUAUUAUUAUUAUUAAAUACCAAUUCAUUUAAUAUCAUUUUGUCAAAUUUGAUAAUGGUUAAUGUAGCCCAGGAUUUUUAGUGACUAAUUUAAGAAAUUACGUGAAUUUAAAAUGACCAACAAAAGGCGGAUGUUGAGUAUAAUUUCAUUCACUACUGGCAAAUUUCAUUAUUGUUAUUAUUUUUUUUCUUCUUAAGCAUCCUCUAAUUAAACACAGAUCAAAUUCUAUGUCACGAUUACCUGGAUUUAUAUUGGUUCAAGCAAAAUGGAAUACAUUUAAUUAAUUCAAAGUGGCAGAUCCAAGAUGGCGCAUGAGUGAUUAUAUGUGACGUCAUCGUGACAUCACUGGUACUGCUGUAUUGAUAUGCUUAAAGUUUCUAUGCGAAUGUACAGUGAAAAACAAAGAAACAUACACACAAACCAACAGAACAAAUGCAUAAAGUCACGAGAUUCUCUAAUAUCUUAUCGACUAAAUUACAGGAAUCCCAGGGCAUACAGGCCCUCAGGGACCAAGUGGACCCCCAGGAAGAAAUGGACUCAACGGAAUUCCAGGCGCUAGAGGUGAAAAAGGUGAUCCUGGAUUACCUGGCCGGCGAGGGAGGAAGGGAAGCCCCGGACAACCGGGGACCAAUGGUACCAACGGAACCCCCGGUUGGAGAGGAAAAGAAGGCCCAAGAGGCAUGAGGGGCCCGUCGGGUCCUCCUGGUCCCUCUGGAGCCAAAGGGGAACCCGGGAACCCUGGGAAACAGGGACCUCCUGGCACGGAUCGUAUCCUUCGGGUAUGCAAUUGCGAAUACAAUGUCCCAACCCAGGUGAUUUAUGUUACCUCUGGCCACUGGACCUCCGAAAAGCACAUGUUCGGAUUUCAGGACGUUACUUCUGCAAACGGGGAAUUCCACGUGAAAGUUGUAGCACCUGUGACAUAUACUCUUCAUGUUGGUGGUAAGUGACUUUCUCUCGCCACUUUUAAAAUCUUUAAGUCAUAAAACAAAGAGUUUAAGAUGUCACGACGGUGACGAAGGUGCAAGUGCAGCGAUGUCAUCAAUGCUGUUUGGCUUUUCUAGGUUUUUCCACGUUUUUCUAGCUGAUAUUGUCAUUUCAUAAAAAGUGAUUUGGAAAGGCUGGAAAGUGGGCAUCAAACAGUGUAAUACCCAAACGGGACAAGUCUGGACUUAACCCCCCCCCUCUCCCCACUCCCACACACACACACACACCAUCAUGCCAAUAUCCUACUUGUGAGAUGCGCCGGCCCGGAGACGGAUAGCCCCAGCGAUCCAUGGCUGCUACUCCCGGGCUGAUAUGGUUGUGCGCAUGCGUAAUGUACUGGCCAUACCGCUGAUUUGGUACGUGCGCUUCAGUGCAGAAAUUGGUAAAGAAAAUUCUUUAGACUUGACUCCUCUUGGGUACUACCCUGAGAGCAGAGGCUACAUACCGCGAAAAUGUAGCCUCUGCUCGCAGAGUACUUGGGUACGAGGCUAAAGAGCGUUUUCAGUCACGUUGUCAGCAGCUCUGCAAAUUUAUUGAAACAAAAGAAAGUUCACCUCUUAGAAGAUUGGUUUGGAACACCAACAUAAUGUUGUGGUAGACCAAUAAUGGUGGACGUGAAGUCAUAUGAAAACGCUCUGUAACUAAAUCUGUACUUUGAAGAAUAUAUUUAAAUCAUCAUAAGAUUUUGGCAAACUACUCACCCCCCCCCCCCCCCAAAAAAAAAAUGCUUUAGUCCUAAGUGAGAAGUUUGUGUUAAACUUGGAUUAGGGAAGGGCUAGGUGGGUAGCUUUCCAGAAUCCUAUACUGACGAUAUUUGUGAGUAAUCUCUUUGUUUCCCAUUUUUUUUUGUUUUGAAGGUGAUUGGGUUAACAAUGACUCCGUUACGCUGUUCUAUCGCCUCCGCUGCACGCAUCGUAGGCGUACAACAUUCCUUCCAAACGAAAUCGGCCAUAAAAUUUACAAGUUCCGAGAAGAGAAUCGCCUCGAAUCAGAAACUUUUACGUAUGUCACGAGUGCUUUGAACCACCAUGGAAGAUGGCGGUGCCAGCUACAGAUUAGCAAAGGUGUGGUCCGUGCAUACUAUCGUUGGGAUUCCCAGUAUGGCGAGAUCAGUUUGACAAUGUGGUAGCCAAAAACAAGCCUUGAAACCGUCGACGGUGAGAGACUUAUAUCGCGUAACGUGAUCUUACAAGACACAUCGUUCGUAGCUUUAGAGCGCAGGAUUUAAACUCGUCGUUUUGUCCCGUGUAGGGUCGUUAGUUACCGGACAUUGUUACCUCCGCUAAUAAGCGAAUCUUACAGUUAUAGUCUGGAGUUUUACAAACAUGGAAAUCUCUCUUCAACAGACUAGAAGCCAAUUCACCAGGAAGUGAGCUGCAUUUUAUUAUCGGAAAUUAGCCACUCAGCGACAGAGAAAGAGACAGAUAUUCCUCGUGUCUUUCCAAUGACUUCCUGUCAAAUCUAUAUAUGAUUGACAGCAAACAAAAGAAAGUUUGAACACAGUUUAAAUGAAAUCAAAAUUAUGUAGUUGUUACUUGUUGCUAAGCGUUUUUAACUCUAGUUGAGACCAGAACUAGAUCAAAUAUUCAUUUAUUGAUAGUAAGCAGGCGUAAAAAACUGUUUCAUUUGCCCUUUUACCACUCUGUUAAAUCGAUUGUUUGGAAGAAGUGCUCUCUUCUUUUCUUAUUUAAUCAAAAUUUUGAGCGACUAUGCGCAUCUCCGUUUCCCUUUUUAGCACUAUGCUAUACAUGAACAUUUUUAAUUUCCUUACUACGGUCUUGUACAAGAAAAAAGGAGAGAGAAACAGCUCUAAUAAUUUAAAACACGCAGUUGUGGUACUUGAGGUCAAUCAUGUUUUCGCUGACUUCAAGAACUCUUUUCGGUUGCGGAUUAUAAAAAUCGAUGGAGUUACAGUCUGGAAAACCUCAACUAAUACUCAUUCAAUAAAUCAACCAGAACUGUUGAAAACAAAUUCAUUCAGUUGGCUCCAAACACGCGAAACCGCAUGUAGCAAAUCACGUUUGUGGUCAUUCAAAUUAAUUUCAACGCCCAAUCAGUUUAAGGCCCUCCUUAGAUGAAGCGAAAGCAAAACACCGGCCGCGCCCUCUUCAGAAUGCGCUGAUUAUCUGCAAUAAUAAUUUUCAUUUCAUAUUUUAGUUUAAUAGGACUGAACUAAAAUGUAUUUAAUUGUCCAGCGGGAAUGGGCUGUUUCACUAAAUUCUCCCUUAAGGCGCAAAUGUCAGUGUUAAUUGCGUUUAGCAGUUUAGCAUUUAAAAUCGUAUUGAUAAUAUUGUAGGAGUAAGCACAAAGCAAACCUUAUUGUACACAGCAUGUGUGUUAGCUAGGUGCGUGCGUCUAUUUUAAGUAGCUACAAUGUAGCUUGUCAGUAUUAACUUAAUAGGUUGGGACUAAGUAACAGGUUUGGUCAAGUGUAUUGCUAGAUGUUCAAACGACCAUAGCAAGUGCAUACUUAAAUUUAUAGACUACAAGGACCAGCAACAGAACUGUGCCGUAGAAAAAAGCCACGCUCUGACGUAUCAAUCAUAAUUUUGUAGAAUCGUCAGACAAAGAAAUUUAUAACUAGGUCCGUUUUUCAGACCUUAU